AUGUAUAGUCGAGAAAAUUCAAGAAACUCUCCACGAGGUCGUCAACGUAGCUCAAGUCGUGAACAGUCACCACCAAAAAAAGACGCGUCGAACAAUGCAAAAUCUUACUCUCAUUCAUCUACUGUAUCAAGAAGUCGUCGAAAAUCUUCCGAUUCAGACGCAUCGGAUAAUGAUAGAUAUAAAUCUUCAGAAAACACAACAAAACAACGACAACCAUCUGAACAUUCAAUCUAUGGGCAACCGCCAACAAAAGGAUCUGUCUCUUCUGCUGGGCGUGAUGAAAAACCUUCAGAAGACGACUAUAAACAUGGAGCCAAGAAGUUCAUAUCCGAUGCAUCCUCCAGUGGUACUCGAGACUACCAGCAUGAGGAAAGUGGUAGUAGACUUCAAUCGAAAUUGCCUUCCUCAUCAUCACAAUCAGAUCAUGUUUCGAGCACUGCUUCACGUAAGCAAGAACUGAUCUACCCUCAAUAUGGUUCAGGAGAAGAAAAAUCAUCAGAACAAUCGGUUACAGCAUAUUCAUCUUCAUCAAAAAAUAAAAGUGAUAAUCGUGAUUUAGCAAAUUUUUCUAAUUUGAAACUUGGCUCCUCAGUGGAUGCUGAAAAAGAGGAGCGUCAAAAAAAGCCAUCAAACACAAAUGUUUCUUCGAAAGAAUCUUCAAAACCAAGUUCAUUUCGUUCAUCUUCUCCACCAGAUGAUAAAGAAGGAUCAUAUUCAUCGUCACAUGAAGACAGUCAUCAUCAAUCAACAGGAACAGCUGCGAAACAAAUGAAACCACCUAAAAGCAAAAAGUCGAAUCGAGAUGAUCCUGUCGUUGUUUAUGUACCCGAUUUACCAGCCAACAUCGUUAGUAAUCAAUUACUCGAAAAUAUGAUUCGUCAAUGUUUGGAACUUAAACAUAAACAAAAAGUACUCGAUGUUAAAUGUGAUACACAAUUAGGCAUCGGCAUUAUCUAUUUGCGUGAUGAUGAAGAUAAAAAUAAUUUAAUUAAUACCAUCGAGAAAAUUAUAAUUGAAUCAUCCACAAAUACAACAGUAUCAUUUGUAGAUGAACUCGAGCUUAUCUCCUACAUUGUUAUCGAUGGAAAGGAUAUGAAAGAUCUGCCAUCAGCUAAUGAUAUAUGUCAACGAUGGAUUCAUCUAUAUAAAGUACAAUCCCAACCGCGAUGUGAACCAUUAUCUGUUCAAUUUCCGAAUAUCUUUCGAAUAGUGACGCAUUCAUUAAAUGAACUACUCACAGCUUUGUCAAUUAAAGAAUUCUCAAUCAACAAUCGCUUUGCAACUGUUUACUUUCGAGCUGAUUGCGCUUUCUUUGAAGAUUUGCCACGAACGACAAAUUUGGAUCGAUUGAAAGAAGCUAUAUGCAGUCAAAUUUCUGAUAAAUACAUGUCGAAAGAAUUAAUACAUAUUCAAUAUAACAAAGAGGGUGCCAAUGCUGUUGUAAUAACAUCAGGCAGAGCUCGAAUAUGGGCACUACACAGUUCAAUUCUAUUAGAUGGACGAGCUGUUAUGAAGAAAGAUAGUCUUGCUUGUCGUCUCUUGAUACAAUCCGUGCCUAAAGGCAUAUCGACAUCACUUAUCCGAGAUCAUAAAAUAUUUGCUGGUGCUGUUGUUAAACUAUUGCCCAGUAAUGAGCAUAUGAUUCUCGAACUUUCGGAUAAAAAUAUUUAUGAGAAAUGUAUUGAUCAAGGUGCGUUACGCAUUGGUGAUCAUGUAUUGGGUAUUGAAUCUUAUACAUUUUCAAGUAAUCCUGAAGAUAGUGAAAUCGAUGCCGAAAAUUGGUACGAAACAGAAAUGUGCGAUCAUAAGCCAGACAUAAUGCCAUUUGUUUCUAAUCCUCAACAUCAUAUAUUUCGAUUUAAAUGGAAUUCAAAAGCAUUUUUAGAACAAUUUCGUCGUUGGACAUCGAAUGAAAUUAAGACUGAUAAGAAAGAUCAAGACAAAUAUGAAAAAAUGUGCAAUCUCAAACGUCAUCUACUACGAAUGACAGUUAUGUUAAAUACGAUUGGUGUAGUUAAAAGAGGUUAUUAUCGUAUUGGUGAAAAAGAAAUUAAAUUAAAACCGGAUCGAAUCAAAACCAUUCUCUACGAUCAUAAGUCAAAAUUGCAACGUGGUAAGACAACUUCAUUGUCACAUGCAACAGAAUUUCCCUAUGCAUCGACAGCAGUUAGAGUAGUAAAUGAAGAUUGUUUGAUUGUUUACAAGAAAUUAGUCAAUCAAGGCUGUCGACCAGUUAUUCUCAAUAUGGCCAAUGCAAACAGUCCUGGUGGUGGUUACAAACGAGGUGACGGAGCUCAAGAAGAAACACUUUUUCGUCGUUCGAAUUAUUUUCAAAGUCUCGAUCUUGAAUUAGAUGAUGGAAAACCAACGACUCGCUUCUAUUGUAAUUCGACUUGUGAACUAGAACCUUUAGCUGAACGUGAUACACUAUAUCCAAUGGAUGAGUUCGGGGCAAUUUAUACAUCGGGAUUGACAGUUUUUCGACAACCUGAAGAUACUACUGGCUAUGCUUUCAUGGAAAUACCUAUGUAUGAUGUAUGUGCUAUUGCAAUGGCUGCCUAUCGAGAUCCGAAAAUUGAAAAUGAUCUUCUCACUUCAAAAUAUUCCAUUGGUACACGCAAAAAAAUUGAAAAUAUAUUUUCUAUUGCGCAUCAUCAAAAACAUGAUAGUCUUGUCCUAUCUGCUCUUGGUUGUGGUGCGUUUAGAAAUCCACCAAAGCACGUUGCAGCAAUAUUCAAAUCAGUUAUUGAACAAUAUGCUGGAUACUUCAAAUAUAUAUAUUUUGCUAUUGUUGAUGAUCAUAAUACUGGUCAGGACCUUAAUCCGAUUGGAAAUUUUCGUCCUUUUCAAAACUUGCUAGAUCCUUUGGACGAAAAACCAAAGCGACAUACCCUUGUCGAUAUGAUGAUUGGACCUUGGCGAAUUUUAAAUCAAACAAAUGCUAAAGAAGUAACAUUAAGUGAUAUAAGAAUUUGUUAUUUGGAGCCAUGUAAUUAUGGAGGAAAAUGUAAUGACUUAAUAAAUGAACAGCAUUGCCGUGAAUAUUCACAUCCACCUUUAUGCCCAUACGCAGAUAAUAGUACUCCAUGUAAACAGAAAAAUGAUAGCCAACAUACGCUGUGGUUCAGACAUCGUCAAAAAUGUUCGUAUGGUGGUGAAUGUGAAUUAAUUGGAAAAGAUCUAGCACAUUCAAAUGAAUUUGAGCAUCCUGAAUUUUGUCGUGAUGGUGGUCGUUGUGAAAACAUGGAUAGUGAACAUCUUAAAGCUUAUCAGCAUCUGCCACUAUGUCAACAUCGUCGACAAUGUGUUGAAUAUAAUCGUGGAUCAAAUGAGCAUUGUCAAAAAUUUCGUCAUUGUAUACCAAUGUGUCGUUUCGGUCAUUUUUGUGUAAGAUUUCACGACGAAAAGCAUUUAAGUGAAGAAAAUCAUCCGUUUAAACAACCAUGUUUAUUUACUCCAUUCCAUUGUCGACAGUAUAAUAACUUAUGUGAAGCAAGAAAUAUUAAAACAUUACCAAUCGAUGUUCAAAAUCAUUGUUCCCAGUAUUCACAUGUAUGUCGAUAUGGUCGUCAAUGUCAAGAAACAUCGGAUAUACAUUGGAAAACCACAAUUCAUAUUGCCCGUCACAUCUGUUCUUAUGGUGAUAAAUGUACAAAACUAAAUCAAGAUGAUCAUUUAAAUUCAUUCUCACAUCCAGGUAUAGCUGAUAUUCGUCUUUUAUGCUCUAAUCAAGCCUAUGAGUGUCGAGAUAAACGAAAACCUGAACAUAUCAUAAAAUAUCGACAUUAUGGAAAUCAUGAUCGUAGUGGUGUUAUUGGUUGUUUUGGACAGAACAAGGAGAUUAAUUUCAUUGAAAAUCAAAGAAGAAUUGUUCAAGCAAUAAAUGAGUAUGCUAAAGGUUUAAAUUCAAAACAUCAUUUAUCGAUUCCGUCAGAAAUUCAAAAAUGGAUUAAAGGCUUACAACCAAUUCAUCGAUGUUCAAAAGUCAUUUUUGAGUCGAUACUUGUUCAUGGUCAUGUCAUGUCUCGUGAUCAUAUGGAACAUUUAAAAAAAUCUACGUUUGCAGCUCAAGCUGUUCAAGAACAUAAACGUGUGCGUGCAAUCUUUGAUCGCUAUAAAAUGUCAACAAUAGACGAUUAUGCUAAAGAAUACAUUCGAGCCAUUGUUUCGUCUGAAUACAGUAAAAAGUACGGUGCAGCUGUAGCAGCCGGAGCUAGUACCAGUGGUUCAUCAAUGCCAACUGACUCGGAUGACUAUGAUGAUAUUAUACGUAGAAAAGAAAGAAUCCUUCAAACUUUAAUAAAACCGGACGAAAUGGAUACAAUAAAAAAAUGCGCCCUCGAUAUUGCUGAAGCCUCAUGGAAUCUUCAUAAUGCCCCAUCUGGUAUCGGAUAUGCACCUGAUAAAUUAUUAGGUACUGAUAAGCAUGUUUUUAGUAUUCUCGGGCCACACCUUGGCCAUUAUUAUGGAGAUAUAUAUUUUGUGUUCAAAAGUGAAGUAAUGCUUCAUCCAGAUGCCAAUUUUUCUCCUCAAGCAGCCACAUCAUUUAUAAGUGGAGGUACAUUUUCGCAUCGACCAUGGGUCAAAGACCCAGGUACAGACGCUGAAAGGAUAAAAAGCUUUCAUGAAUCGAAAUUACAUUGCUCUGUACCAGGAUAUGAAUAUGCAGCGGCAGCAGAACUAAUGGCCGUAUCAGGAUUACAGAAGAAAACAAUGGAUGUUGAUUUAAAAGCUAUUAUAAAUCAUUGGAAGAAAGUUGAUUCCCAUCAAGUAUUCGAGGCCCACUUACCUCGAUUGGUUCCUCUUGAUUAUAUUGAAGAAGUAUACAUACCAAAAAAUUUGUUCAGCUCAUUGACUCCAGCAGCUCAAGAAUCGGCAAAAAAAAUCUUUCGUGAUUCACUUCAUAUUACAGAUCAUGAAAUUAAUCUUAUUAGUGGUGGUGGUGGAGGCUCACACCCGUCGGAUAAGAGUCGUUCUAAUUAUCAAGAUUUCGUGACAAGUGCACUGAUAGAAAAAUUUGAAAAACGAAAAGAACGUGGAAGGCAUUUUCGUGGCACUGUUCUUACUCUAGCACCAAGUCAAUUUACAGAUCAUAUUGUUUUACCACUAACGAUAACCGAAGCUCAUGAACAAUACGUUCAAACUCAUAAAAAAAGUUCGAAUUCUGAUGAUACAUAUAUUUAUUGGGAAACAAUGUACGGUGAUAUGAUGAUUACUCUCUCGGAUGAACCAAUUAAUCCCAAUAAGAGUCAACCACGUAUUCGAUGUCUCGUUUGUUACAUUGCUGAAAGACCAUCAACGACAACAACCACUUAUAAUGAAUCAUACUCAUAUUUAAAUGCAGGAGAGCCAUAUCGGCAUGGUAUUAUUAAGAUUAAUGGUCAAUGUUCAAAAAGUUCACGUUCAUUUCAUCGUGGAUGCAAUAUUGAAAACUUUUUAACGUAUUGUCUUAAAAUCGAAAAGAAAGCAGGUCAAGUAACACUAUCACAUGCUGGACCGAAUAGUAUUUAUUGUUAUGAAACAAUAACAUGUACAUUUUCGAAAACGACUCUUGACUUAAGCAAAUUAAAAUACGUUCAUGUAAGUGCUGGUGCAAACAAAGUACCUAUUCGAAACUUAAUUAUUACUUUUGAACAAAUUUCUGAUUUACAUCCAUCGUUUGAUGGAAAUUUCAAAAGAGGCAGUAAUGCUUUUUCUCGUAGGAAAAGGUCUCGUAGUCGUGAUCGCUCGUCAUCUCCCAAAGCUUCACAAUCGCCUCGUGACAAAUCUCCAUCUAUUCUGAAUAAAGCUAAAGAUGCUUUUCUUGGCUUUUUUGGUUACGGUGCCGAUGAUGAAAAGCUUAAAUCAUGCCCCUAUUCGAUCAAUUGUCUAUUUCAAGAAUCUUCGAAACAUAUGGAAGAAUAUUCUCAUCCUUGUCCAUACUCUGAACUUUGUCGUAAUAAAGAUAAAGAGCCCUAUCUAACACAUGAACCCCGCAAAGUAGAACAAUGCUCAUCGAAAAGUGCGUGUCAAAAACUUAAUGACCCUGUUCAUCGAGCGAAGUAUCGACAUCCAGGCUAUCCUGACUUUCUUAUUCCAUGCCUUGAUGGACAAAACUGUCGCAAUAAAACAUCGGAUCAUCGAAUAAAAUAUUCACAUGGUGAACAAAAAGACAUAUCGCACGAUAAACCGCAUGGUUCAUCUAAUAAAUCGCCAUCGAAGCUUCAUUCUGAAUAUCAAGAAAAAGAAUACGAUCGUGAAGGAAGAAAUGAUCAACGAACAAUAUGCCGAUAUGGAUCAGAAUGUCGUGACCAGAAUGACUCCCAUCAUUGUUCAAAAUAUUCACAUCCUCGUGAACACAAAGCUAAACCUUCAGUUAGUUCAAGUCAUGAACGAACACCUUGCCGUCAUGGCCUCAACUGUAGAGAUAAAAAUGAUUCUCAUCAUUGUUCGAAAUAUUCACAUCCAAAUGAACAUAGAUCUUCAUCUUCGGCUAGCUCAAGUCAUGACAGAAUACCUUGCCGUCAUGGACGUGACUGCCGUGACAAAAAUGAUCAUCAACAUUGUUCGAAGUAUUCACAUCCAGGCAAUGACCGAAGUCGAGGUCAUGGAAAUUCUGAUCAUGAUAGAAUACCAUGCAAAUUUGGUGACAAAUGUCAUGAUACGGAUCCUCAUCAUCGCUCUAAAUAUUCCCACCCAAACAAAAAAUAG